AUGGAUGAUCAUGAGGAUAUUUUUGGACAGGAUGUGAGGGACACAUCCCACCUACAAAUAGUAUCUUCUGAUGAAGAGGACUUAACGUCUAAGACCCCUGAAAAUACCAGAACCAAAAACUCUCUAGGGUUCUUUUCCACUAGUAACAAAUCUGAAACAAUGGAGGAGAGGUUUGAUAGGCAUUAUAGACUAGAUCAAAGCCUCAAAUCUGACAUAAGUGAUGAUGCGCAGAACAUUAUCGACGAAUUAAACAAGAUAUUUGAUAAAUCUGAACAAAUUGAAAAGACUCAAAAUGAACUUCCCAAAGAAGUUAAUCAAGAAAACUUACUUUCAAAAGGCAUAAAUUUAAUAAAUAGCAUAAAAUCUAGCCUAAUGUCUGAGUCCAAGGAGCCUACCAAAGAGGUAGAAGAGGCCAAUACGUCCAAAACAAAAAGGAAAAGAGCAUGUACCAAGAAUAAUUCAAACACUGAUCCCAAUUUUAAGGAUCUAUUUAGCUCAUCAAGUUCAGAAUCUGCCUUAGGGGAUGAUGAAGAGUAUAACCCUUUUCAACCCUCUGGUAGAAACCCCAAAAAAUCGAGAAAAAACAAUUCUAAAUCUGGCAAUAAUUCUAAGAAUAAAGAAAACUCUACCACUUCUGACACAAUUUUACAACCUAAUAAACAUCAUCCGUCAAGAGAUAAGAGAUUUGACACCUUUGGGUUUGAUAAUUUUUCUAUGCCUGAAGAACCUGAACCAUUUAAUUUCGAAAGUUCUCAACAAACUCAAGAUAACUCAAGUGAUUUGUUUUGUUUGAAGUUUGCUGUAGUUGACCAAAACAAAAGGUUAAUAAAUGACCCUAAGCUGGAGGCCGUCUAUGUUAAAACAACUGAAACUUUGGGUAGUAUAGCUAAGAAAGUAGGCCAGAUGUACGGCCUCGAUGAAGAACAGUUUGUAAAGAUCAAAAUAAUUAUAGACGGAGACUCUCAUGAUCAUAAAAUCCAAAUUGGUGAUCCUCAAUUAUGCAUAGAGAACAAUAUGCAAAUCGACAUUAAAUUUCCACCAAAAGAAGACGUUCAAGCCCUUAACACUUUUAAAAAUGACAAACCUAGUUCAAGGACUAAAAAAACCGAACCCAAGCCCUCAAAAAUUAUCCCAAUCCAAAUCAUUCACACAUCUAAACCCAUUGAAAUCGUAGAAAUCGAUUGA